AUGAGCAAGCACGAUACAUCAGACACUGAGAAACAACCGUCUUCAAAGCCGGUUGACAUAUCUUCCGAACCACCAGACGGUGGUCUGACCGCUUGGUUGCAAGUCCUCGGAGCCUUCCUUCUUUUUUUCAACUCAUGGGGCCUUGUGAAUUCUUUUGGAGUCUUCCAAAGCUACUACGAAUCCAAUCUUAUCGCUUCCCAUUCGUCUUCCUCUAUCGCCUGGAUCGGUACCGUGCAAGGCUUCCUCCUCUUCAUAAUUGGCGUAAUCGUGGGGCCCAUCUUUGAUAAAGGUUAUCUUCGAAGCCUGGUCGCUAUCGGGUCCUUCCUGGUUGUUUUAGCACAUGGAGUUAGUGUGGGCGUCGGCUGUGCCUUUCUUUUCCUGCCCAGCAUUGCCAUUGUGGCGACAUAUUUUACCACACGUCGUGCACUUGCGACGGGAAUAACCGCGUCCGGCGGGAGUAUCGGCGCCGUUAUCUAUCCCAUUAUGUUCGAGAAACUAAUCCAUAAGGUCGGUUUUGGUUGGACAACGCGUAUCAUGGGUUUUGUGGCUCUAGCAGGUUUGAGCGUGUCACUGAUUGUGUUGAAACGACGACUACCACCGCCGAGGGAAAGACGUUCACUUUUCGAUAUGAGUGCUUUGAGGGAAGCGCCGUUCCUGGUGUUUGCUUUUGGGCUUUUUCUCUGCUUUGUGGGGCUGUACUUCCCCUUUUUUUAUCUGGAGGGCUUCUUUACCUCCUAUCUUUACAACGACAGUAGCCUCAGCUUUUACAUUUUCUCAGUCUUGAACGCCACCUCCGUUCUUGGUCGCGUCACCCCGGGUCUCCUGGCGGAUCACUUUGGUGGACUCAACACGCUCGCUCCAAUAAGUCUCCUGGCGACUGUCCUGGCAUUUGUGUGGAUCGGUGUCCGCGAUGUCGCUGGAGCUGUCGUCUUUGCAUGUUUCUACGGCUACGCCUCGGGUGCCAUUGUAUCGUUGCCGCCUUCAAUCCUGACACGCAUGUCACCAAAUAUGGGCCUCGUGGGCACAAGGCUAGGCAUGAUUUUUAUGUUUGCCGGGUGCGGAUUUUUGAUUGGCACCCCUAUCGCGUCCACGCUUCUGAAUCUGGCCAAGGCGGAGUUUUGGAAGGCGCAGCUAUUUAGUGCUGUGUUUGUGGCAACGGGAACAGUCUGUUUUUUUUUCUUGCGGGUGAUGUUAGUGAAACAGGUGGACGGCUGGAAGAUUUGA